ACCUGUUGAAAACAGAGACUUUCUUAUCAGUAAUGGGACACGUUUUGUUUCAAGCUUGAAUUUAUCUUCAUUUCGUUCAUUUAUAGACACACACAUGUAGUAAAGUCACAGCAAAUGUUUUUGCGUUAAAGUGUACCUUUGAAAUUCGACAGAGCAACAGCGUGUAUUCAAAGUGUAACUGGGUUAUACCUUCACUUAACAGCAAUGGCGCUACCUAUGACAGUUUCAGGUCAUCCUUUGAUCCAUUUCCUGUUGGUUCUUUCAACAACGACAGCCGUUGGAGCAUUCUUGUUUGAUAAGGAUACGGAGACGUGUACCAUAUAUGACGAGUAUAAAGACCUCAUCAACCUGGCGCAUGUGGAAAACUGUCUGAGCAUUGACAGAGUUUUCACGAAGUUAAAGCGACUUGGAGAUCAAAAUGACCAGUACUGCUUUUCCCACGUAUUACAUCAAUUGGGUGACAGGUACGGUGUUUCCGUUCAAACAUCCGAGGAUUGUCAGUGUAACGGUACCAACUCCCUUCUACACUACCAAUAUAAUGCACCUGACGGCACCGGGAACAGGAAGGAGCAUUGUUUUUCUCGUGAACCCAACUACAAAGCUCUGUUUGACCAGUUUUUCGUUGACAACGGCAACACGGCUCCUGCCUGUCGAUCCCACCACUCGGUGUGGUUCCACCUUUCGCGCAUACAUGAGGCAUAUUGUGCAAAGGAAUUGAUAUACCACUUGAAAUAUUCGUUUGAUCAGCACCCAAGUCCAUGUGUCUGCCAACAACGUCUUCAUUAUGGGGAUCCAAACGAUUGCAUGCAGUUUCAUAGCUAUCAAGCUUUGCUGAGACUGAAAGAUACCAACUUAUGCACGAGCAAGAAUUCUCAAUGGGAUCUUUUGCAUGAUCUUGAAAUAAGGAGUCCACUCUGUCGCAAGAACAUCAUUGCUGAUCUUGCAACGCAUUUCCACAAUCCUCUUUCUCUGGAUCCAUGUCGCUGUCACCUCGUUAAGCCUAUAUCUUACGAUGAAUUACCUUUAGUUGAAGGAAAACUGGACGAGUGCUCUAAAGUACAUGGAAGCAGCUAUCAUCAUCUCCGGCAUGAGCUAUUUCAAGGAGCACGUACUGCUGGCUGCGCUACACACUUCCAUCUGUGGCAGCAGUUGCAGAACAUACAGCCAUUCAAAGGUUACGACUGUACAAUGGACCUGAUUCUUCAAACAGCAAAUACAUACCCCAGUGCAGAGCUGGACCCUUGCAAAUGUACCGGAGAAUUACCCACUACGACAACCAGUACAGCGACAACUACAACAAGUAGAACGACAACUACAACAAGUACAACGACUUCUACAACAAGUACAACAACUACUACAACAACUACUGCUGCUCCAUAUCCUCCAAACAGGUAUCAUUGCCGCAAGUACGACCUUGUCGUAGAUAUUGCAACUGCUAAACAAGUGCACUCAAAUGGCUCCACCCUAUGUAAAAACAAAAUUUCUGGUACAAAUGAGGACUUGGUUCUAACACUGUGCAACAUGACGGCAGUGGACACGUGGUCGCGUGGUCUCCAUGUGAUCAGCAACUGUGGCAAUAUCCCGAACUACUCCCCAAUCGCUACAUUCAGUGCCACAGGGAACUACCAACCUGCCGAUGCCCAGUCCGGGGUGUUCCUUGAAUGUAUACCCGAAGGAUUCAAGAUGGCCAUCCAGCCAUGCGAUGGGGUACCCCAGAUCAUCCAUGUUGAGACGACCGGUGUGUUUAACAACAACGCCACCAUCUACUACGUUGUGGUUUAGUGCCGAGUGAUAAUCAACCAUUGUUUAAAUUCCAUAUACGACUCAACCUGUACAACUGUGGCGGAAAGUGAUGCUUAUAAAAUAAAUCAACGGCAUAUGA